AUGAAGCAUUGCACUCAGGAUGGGAGGCCAACAAUGCUCAUACUUUGUCUAUAUGUUGAUAAUUUGUUAGUGACUGGAAGCAACAAGAAAGAAAUUGAGGAAUUCAAGAUUAUCAUGAAGAAUGAGUUUUACAUGUCAGCCUUAGGAAAGCUAACAUAUUUCCUGGGCAUGGAAUUCACUGAAACUAAGGAAGGGUUGGUGAUGCAACAAAAGAAAUAUGUUGAUGAAAUCUUGAGAAGGUACAACAUGACUAGUUGCAACCCUGCUGUCACUCAAGUUGAAGUCAAUGCCAAGCUAGGAAAAGAAGUUGAAGAAGAGUUGGCUAACACCACCUUGUUCAAACAAGUUGUUGGAUCUAUAAGGUACUUGUGCAACAUCAUACCUGAUCUAUGUUAUAGUGUUGGCGUCAUUAGUAGGUUUAUGGAAAAUCCCAAGCACAAUCGCUGGAUUGCAGCCAAGAGGGUCAUGAGAUAUAUUCUAGGGACACUAGAACAUGGAAUCUUGUUUGCCAAAAAAUUAAAACAAGGAGAUGGGAUCUGGUUGGUUGUUCAGAUUCUGAUUGGUGUGAGGACAAAAGUGAUAGAAGAAUCACACCAGGCUAUGUCUUCAAAUUCAUGA